UAUUUGUGUUCUUGCAUGCUUUAUCAGUUUUGUGCUAAAAAAAGGUAUCAUAGUAACAAGAACAAUUUUACACGAAUUUACCAUUCCAAUUAUCUUUAACUUAAUUAAUAAUGUUAAUCUCAGACAGGAAACUGAUCAGUGGUGGAAAAUAGCUUGGUUUUAAAGAUUUGCAUGAAAUGGAAGGAGGCUAUCACAAAGCAGAUAAGACAGAAUUUUCAGAAUGCUGGAGAAUCUCCUGGAGAACUCCCUAUAUUAUGCGUCUUUCACUCACUGCCGGAAUCGGAGGACUUCUUUUUGGAUAUGACACUGGAGUGAUUUCUGGAGCUCUCCUUUAUAUUAGAGAGGAAUUUGUAGAAGUAGAUAAGAAAGCAUGGUUGCAGGAGACUAUAGUGAGUAUGGCUGUUGCAGGAGCUAUACUUGGUGCUGCAGUCGGUGGUUGGAUCAGUGAUUGUUUUGGUCGUAAAAAGGCACUUCUGCUUGCUGAUAUAGUGUUCUUUUGUGGUGCAAUUGUUAUGGCAGUAGCUCCUGCACCGUGGGUGCUUAUUGUAGGUAGAAUUCUAGUUGGCCUUGGAGUUGGAAUGGCUUCCAUGGCUGCACCACUAUACAUCUCAGAAAGUUCACCUACUAGAAUCAGAGGAGCACUCGUGAGUUCAAAUGCACUGUUAAUUACAGGUGGACAAUUCCUGUCCUACUUGAUCAACCUAGCUUUUACAAAGGUUCCUGGAACCUGGCGUUGGAUGCUUGGUAUUGCAGGACUUCCAGCCUUGAUUCAGUUCAUUCUCAUGUUGUCUCUUCCAGAGUCCCCAAGAUGGCUCUUCAGACAGAACAAGAUAGAUGAGGCCAAGUCUAUAUUAGAGAAGAUCUUUCCUGCUGAUGAAGUUGAAAAUGAGAUGAAGGCCUUGAAGGAUUCUGUUGAGGCAGAAAAAGCUAUUGAAGGAGAACUCGGUGAUGGAUUUCUUCCAAAACUGAAGAGUGCUCUUCGAAGUAAAGUAGUCCGUAGAGCACUUCUUGCAGGCAUUACUGUACAACUCAUCCAACAAUUCGUAGGCAUUAACACUGUCUUAUAUUACAGUCCUACUAUUGUUCAAUUUGCUGGAUUUGCCUCCAGACAAACUGCUUUAGCACUUUCCUUGGUAACUUCUGGUCUUAAUUUUGUUGGCUCCAUCAUAAGUAUGGGCUUUGUGGACAAGUAUGGAAGGAGAAAGUUCAUGCUUGUGUCUCUUGUCGGUAUCAUUGCGUGCCUUGUGGCCUUAGGAGUAGUGUUUUUCCAGGCUGCUGCAACUGCUCCUGCGGUUAGCAACUUGGAAACCAUGCACUUCGGUGGAAACACCACAUGCCCAGCUUACCUCUCAGCCCCUAAAUCUCAGUCAUGGAAUUGCAUGUCAUGUUUGAAAGUACCAGAUUGCGCCUUCUGUGCCAGCACUGGAAAUGGGCUUCAUCCUGGAGCUUGUUUGGCUGUGAGUAAUGAUAUUAGAAGCACAUGUCGCAUGGAAAAGAGAACAUGGUACACAGAAGGUUGUCCAAGCAAAUUUGGAUUCUUGGCAGUAGCAUUUCUAGGCCUCUAUAUUAUAUGCUAUUCACCUGGGAUGGGCAGUGUUCCAUGGUUGGUAAACUCAGAGAUAUAUCCUCUAAAAUACAGAGGGAUUGGUGGAGGUAUUGCUGCAGUAUGUAAUUGGUCGGCUAAUCUGUUAGUUAGCGAAACCUUUUUAACUCUUACUAAUGCUUUGGGCUCCGCUUGGACUUUUAUUCUAUUUGCGGGAUUAUCUUUCAUUGGCUUUAUUGCCAUUUACUUUGUUGUUCCUGAGACCAAGGGACUUUCAUUUGAGGAGGUUGAGAAAAUGCUUGAGAAGGGAUUCAAACCAAAGGGGAUUUGUUUCAAGGGGAUCAAAGACGAGAUUAAUGAGGAGAAUGUGUCGCCUUCAUCUGUCUAGAAUGUCUUCAUAACACAAUCUUUCAAAGUAUAUUUAGUCUUUUUAGUGUGUAUUUUAGAUUUUAGGGUUUAAUAUUGUUUCAUAUUUUAGAGCUCUCUUUAGAGCAUUUCCAAUAGAGUAGUAUUAUAAAUGUGGUGUAUAUGUAAUUUUUUUAGUCUAUGUUCAUAAAAUUGAACACCAAUACAAAUAGUAGUGUAUAUUGUGGUCCAAAUUUUCAAAUUUGACACAUGCUAAAAGUUGUGUCAAAUUUAACAUAAUAUAGCAUGUAUCAAAUUUUACAACACAAUAAAUAUCAUU